GGAGUAAAACCGUACGAGUGUGACGAAUGUGGGAGAGUUUUUGUCAACCUUCAAGGCUUAAGUCAUCACAAGGUUACUCACAAUGGCAGCAAACCGUACGCCUGCUACUGUGGUAGAUCUUACACUACGGUAGGUAAUCUCAAGGCUCAUCAGAAAACACACAGUGGAAUUAAACCCUACAGCUGUGAAGAGUGUUCGAAGACAUUUACCACAAAACAAGGCUUAAUUUAUCACCGGACAUUACAUACAGGAAAUACACCUUAUAAAUGUGAUGAAUGCGGAAAAUCUUAUUCCUACAGUGUGGCUCUAAAUGCACACAAGAAAACACAU